UUUUAACUAUGUUGGGUGCAAUACGGUUAAUUAAUGAAGUACGUGUCCUUUUCGUAGGUAUUCGGGUUCGCAGAAAUAAGAUACAGGAUUGUUCAGAUAGUAUUUUUGCUAUAUUAGGUUGUAAAUAUUCUGAUUGUGAAAUCGUUCUUGAAGAUGUUUGCAAAUUUGCUACAGAAUUUUCCAGUGAUUUUGAAGAUAAAACUUAUUUAACUGAUUAUGAUUUGAAUUAUAGCAAUAAUAAUUUAAACUAUGUAAAUUCACAAGAUAGCAAUAUCUUAAACUAUAACAAUGAUAACCAAUUACUUAAUAAUCAUGACCUACAAUCUGAUCAUAACCAAAUUUAUAUUAAUAAUGAUCAACAAUCUAGUAGACAUAAUUUAGAUUUGAAACUUGAUCAAGAACUUGGUGACUCAGACUAUAAUGAUAAUAGUUUAGAAAAUAUAUAUAUAACUUGA